AUGAAAGGCAUUAAGAAAAGUCUUGCAGAAGAAUAUCUGUACCUGGAUUUCUCUCACCAAAUAGAAAGAUGCAUUUUCCCACUUCAUACAUCUGUGACUUUAUUUUUGUUAUCAUACUGUGACUGCAAAAUCUUUAAAGUUUACUUAGUACUCAAAAGAGAAAGUACAGAUGUUUCACUACUUAAAAAUGUACUGUCACAGGAUGUUGAAGUACAGAUUAUUUCAAAACAAGAGCUCCCACCUAUAGUCCAGAAUUGCUGUUUACCUGCAGUAGUAGAAAGACCAGACAAUUUCUGUAGAGCAGGACUUGCUGUUGUACUGAGACACAUAAUCCAGAAAUCAUAUGAAGCAGACCCCUCGAAGAAGGAAGUUUUGGAACUUCUGGGUUUUAAAAAGACUUGCUUAAAAGCCUGUGCUGAGGUUAGUCAGUGGACCAGGCUAUGUGAACUCACCAUCCCUUUAGCUAUUGAGAAUUUUCUCAAAGAAUCUUCUGAGCAGCGCCCAAGCAUUCCUGCAGAAAUUCUACAGCUGGAGAAAAAGCUUAGUGAGCCUGUUAGAGUGCACAACGAUGACAAGCUCCGUCGGCAGAAGCUGAGGCAACAGAAGGCUGCCAGAGUGGGGCCUUCCGGUAUCAAGGAAAAAACAAAAAUGAAGAGCAAGGCCCAGAGACAGGAAACAUCGGAUGUGUUGGACCCUUUGUCCAAGAGCCUGGAACUGGAAGUGGCAUUCUCAAAGCUCACAGUCCGGGAAGAACCAGCUGCUCCCACCAGGGAACCGGCUCACAUAAGAAAAGCAAAGGCCUCUGACCUGCCCCCUCUGGAGCAUGUGUUUGCAGAAGGCCUUUACUUCACUUUGACAGACAUCGUGCUCUUGCCCUGUGUCCAUCAUUUUUUGUUAAUUAUCUGCAAGAAACUUUCUGAAAGGCUGACAGAAUUUCCACUGCUGGCUGCGUGGUACCAAAGGAUUCAGGAAGUGCCAAGAGUAAAAACAGCAGCUUCUCAAUGUGGGAUCCAGUUUUGCCCUUUACCAGAGUUGCUGACCACGUCAAAUGAACAGCAUCCAGACUUAAAUGAAGACCCGGGUGGAGAGGAACAAAAUGAUCCUUCAUUUAUAGGAGGCCCACGGCCCACAAUGACCAAGUUAAUGGAAAAAGGCAUUGAAGUGAUGUUUUCUCCUCACCCUUGUCCUACUUGGACCAUUGAUUGGAAUAGUCUUCCUGCAGCAGUGAGCCCAAAAGAAGGUAAAAUGUCCAGUGAUCGAGCAUUGAGAAAGCAGCAACAGUUAAACAACCUUGUGUAUGUGGUGACAAAUCAAGCCAAACCUGGUGACAGAAUUGUGGAUUUCUGCAGCGGUGGGGGUCACCUUGGGAUUAUGCUCGCUCAUAUGCUGCCGUUAUGCCAGGUUACAUUAAUAGAAAACAAGGAAUUAUCAUUAAUUCGUGCUAAGAAGAGAAGUGAUGAGCUAGGUCUAAGCAACAUUUGGUUUAUUCAAGCAAAUAUGGAGUAUUUUACAGGAAUGUUUAAUAUUGGGGUGGCGUUGCAUGCCUGUGGAGUGGCAACAGACAUGGUGAUUGAACACUGCAUCCAGACACGGGCUGCCUUCGUCACGUGCCCUUGCUGUUAUGGUUUCAUUCAGAAUACCUCCAAGUUUAAUUUUCCAAAAAGUGAACAAUUUAAGAAAACUUUAUCAUACAAGGAACACAUGAUUUUGUGCCGAUUUGCAGAUCAGACAGCUGUCCAGCUUCCACCCCAACGAAGGCUCAUAGGAAAGCAGUGCAUGUGCCUGGUGGAUCUGGACCGAGCAAGAGCUGCAGAAGAACGCGGCUACUCCGUUCAAGUGAUAUCCAUGGAGCCAGAGAGCUGCUCUCCCAAAAAUAACAUGAUCGUCGGAGUCCCCAUUUAG